AUGGAACAGUACUUGUUGUACGGACCAUUAGUGGCAAAAGUGGUAUAUGCUCUUCAUCAAAAGGGAGAAAUCAAGAAUGAUGAUGUUUGGUGUUUGCAUAUACUGAUGUUGUUUGGAUUGAGAGCCCUUGUUCAUCAGCUAUGGAGCACGUUUUCUUGCAUGCUUUUCCUUAAUCGUAAUCGACGAAUUAAUCAACAAGGCAUCGAGUAUAAUCAAAUUGAUGCAGAGUGGCACUGGGAUAAUUUUCUGAUACUCCAAGCUAUGUGUGCCUCAUUCUUGUGCUUGAGUUUUCAAUCUUUGGACAAAUUUCCAUUCUGGGAUUUGAGGGGAUUUAUCUGCUGCAUCACACUCCAUAUUACAAUCUCUGAGCCACUUUAUUACUGGCUUCAUAGAUUAUUAUUACAUUCCUCAUCUCUUUACCAUAAGUACCACUGGCUCCAUCAUACCUCCAAAGUUGUUCAUCCUUUCACAGCCGGGCAUGCGACUUUCUUGGAACACAUAUUGCUAUGUGUAGUUGUAGGAAUUCCGACACUUGGAACGGCUUUUUUCGGAUAUGGAUCGAUAGUCGGCACAUAUAGUUACCUUUUGGCCUUCGAUUUUCUUCAGUGUUUGGGGCACUCAAAUGUUGAAGUCUUUUCUUAUAGGAUAUUUGAAGCUUAUCCCCUCUUCAAGUAUUUUAUCCGCACGCCUACAUAUCAUAGCCUUCACCACACAGACAUGCGAACUAAUUUUUGCCUCUUCAUGCCUAUGUAUGAUAAGUUGUGGAAGACAAUGAACACCGAUUCUUGGGACCUUCAGAAAGAAAUAAGUUCAAGAACAACAAGCAGAGUACCGGAAUUCGUGUUCCUAGCACAUGUAGUCGAUGUGAUGUCAGCAUUGCAUGCCCCGUUCGUUUUCCGAACAUUCAACUCGACCCCUUUUGGCAUAAAGCCCUUUUUGUUUCCAAUGUGGCCUUUCACAUACUUAGUCACACUUCUUAUGUGGGCAAAGUCAAAAACCUUCUUGUUCAGCUUUUACAACCUCAGAGGAAGACUUCACCAAACUUGGGUCGUCCCAAGGCUCGGUUUUCAGUACUUUUUGCCUUUUGCUAAAGAAGGCAUAAACAAUCAAAUAGAAGAUGCUAUCCUUAAAGCAGACAAACUUGGUGUCAAGGUUAUUAGCCUUGCUGCACUAAAUAAGAAUGAAGGCCUUAAUGGAGGUGGAGUUCUGUUUACUAACAAACAUCCGAACCUUAAAGUUCGCGUGGUCCAUGGGAACACAUUAACAGCUGCUGUGAUUUUACACGAACUUCCUAAAAAUGUGGACGAGGUUUUUUUGACUGGGGCUACUUCUAAGCUCGGGAGAGCCAUUGCUCUUUACCUUGCUCGACGAAAGAUCAGAGUUUUGAUGCUAACUUUAUCCACUGAGAGAUUUAGCAAGAUUCAGAAAGAAGCACCUGCUGACUGCCAACAGUAUUUAGUUCAAGUCACCAAGUAUCAAGCAGGUCAACACUGUAAGACGUGGAUAAUCGGGAAGUGGACGACGCCAAGAGAGCAGUAUUGGGCCCCAUCAGGCACACAUUUUCACCAAUUUGUGGUCCCACCAAUCAUCCCUUUUAGAAGGGACUGUACUUAUGGAAAGUUAGCUGCAAUGAGGCUCCCGAACGAUGUUGAGGGGCUCGGAUCAUGCGAGUAUACAAUGGGACGAGGAGUGGUUCAUGCGUGCCAUGCGGGAGGGGUAGUUCAUGCUCUACAAGGUUGGGAGCAUCAUGAAGUUGGGGCAAUCAAUGUUGAUCAGAUUGAUGUUGUUUGGGAGGCUGCACUAAGGCAUGGACUUAAACCCUUAUAGAUAUAUGCAUACAUCUUGUAAACUUGCA